AUUGGUUAAAGGUCUCGACGGCUGUGAAAAUCGGAAAUCAGGAUUGAGGACAUUGAGCUGCGGCGAAGAUGGCGAUGAGGUUGAAAUCAAUGGCGACUUUGCCAAAAUUGAUUCAAAGUAUGAGAAAAGAAGUUCCGAAGCAUGCGAAUCCUGUUUUGCCAUCUCUAAGACGAGCUUUUUCUCUCUAUGAUCAGAUCAAUCUCAUAGACAAUGUUCCUGAAGAUCAGCUUCGCUUCCAAGAAUUUAAUGAUACGAGUUUCACUGUGAAUGGAGUCAAAUACGAAGGAAGCUUACUCUGUGUAGGGAAUUUGUUAAUGUCAUGGAGUCCUCGUAAAUUCUCCGAGAUCACCACUGAUAGCUUGUCUAUCUUCCAGACAGUUCGACCUAUUCCAGAGCUCUUGAUUGUUGGUUGUGGAAGAGACAUUCACCCGGUAACUCCCGAGGUCCGUCAGUUUGUGAAGUCACUUGGCAUGAAACUAGAAACAGUUGAUUCUAGAAAUGCUGCAUCAACUUACAACAUUCUGAAUGAAGAAGGAAGAGUCGUUGCUGCGGCAUUACUUCCAUAUGGAGUUACAUCCUAAAGAAAACUAACAACUCGAAGUUCCAUCUUUCUAAGCUGUAAAUGAUUUUUGAGACUUUCCUCGGAAUCUCUUCCGAAAAUAAACCGAAUUUCAUCCGGAGUUUUUCUUGUGUUUGAGCUAUAUAACAAACGUUGUAACAUCGGGCGACUGUUUCUAGCGUUUCUCAUCUUUUCCAGAGACACUUGUAGCAAUGAAUGGGAUUUCAAAA